AUCACCAGAUACAACAACACACAAUCCAACCACCAGUAUAACAACAGAAACAACAUAUAUUAAUGCAACUGCCACUACCCACUCACCUGAGAGCCCUACAGCAGCAGAAGUAUAUGUCGAUCCCUCAGAAGCAUCGCACUCACUGUCCAGCCUGGAGUCUAAGAUGGAGGAGAUGGAGAAGAGCAAUAAAAGCAGUGUGCCGAUUGUCAUUGGGGACGCUGUUGGGGUUCUUCAUGUACAAGCCAAAGACAUGGAGACCAAAGACAUCGACAUAUGCUACUCCUCAAAUAAAGCCAAAGUUGUUGAGAGUCAAAGUGACAUGAACUGUUCUUGGACUGUAAAGAUUUCCAAGGAGGCUUUUGAUAAAUCCCGUCUGGAAAACAACGGAAGUGCGUUUGUUGGAGUUCUGCGCUUUAAGAACAUGGGGAAUAAGAAUCAAACUAAAAAUUACACCAUUCUGAAUAAUGAAGUCUAUGGAAUCACAAUGAGAGCCAACAUCUUCAACCUCAGCAACAAUAUUGAAAUGCUCUUUACACAGAGCAAUCCGGCCGGUAAUGUGUCCUGUAGUUCUUGGGAUGGCAACGGAGAUCCUGAGUGGACAAACUUUGGCUGUAAGACGAUCAAAAUCAACAACAGCACCAUAAAGUGCUCAUGUUCACAUCUGACCUUCUUCGCAGUGCUGAUGUCUCCGGUCACAGAUGCAAACGCUGUAGCGCCGUAUCUGGAUUCACUGACCCUCAUCUCUUCAAUCGGCUGUGGGAUCUCUGUGUUUUUUCUGUCCAUCGCUCUGUUCAUCCAUUUUCUGCUGCGGAAAGCCAAAUCCAAUCAGGCUACGAAGAUCCUGAUCAACAUGUUCGGUGCUCUGUUUCUCCUGAAUUUGUCUUUUCUGUCAAACGAGAGCAUGGCAAACUCAGGAGACAAGAAUGCGUGUGUCUUCAUAGCUCUGCUGAUGCAUUACUCCAUGCUGACCACAUUCACCUGGUUCUUCAUUCAAGCUCUUCAUAUGUACUUAUGGCUCAUCCGACUGAACGUCUCUAUCACAAACUACAUGAGGAAGAUCACCGUGUUGGGCUGGGGUUUUUCGACACCGAUAGUCGUGGCUGUUCUUUCUACAGGAGGAUAUAAUGCAGUGACCCUGAACUCAACAUCUGGAAAAAUUGCUCAAAU